UUUAGUUUCCUUUGGGUCGAGGGUCAGGGGUCAGGGUUAAUGGGUUUCCUGUCUGCCUGCUGCAGCAUCAGGACGCAGCCGUGCUGCGAGGCGGUGAGGCUGCGGCGGUCUUGGUUUCCUCGGAGGAGGUGGAGAAAGCAGAGGAGGUGGCAGAGGGCUGCUGAGUGGGAAUCGGUGGCGAUGCCUCUUACUGGUUUCUCUGGUCAGGCAGUGGGAGGAAGGUUUUAUCAGCUGAUUCUGUAGAUUUCUGCCUGUUUUUGCUUCUUCAUGUGACUCUAAUCUGUAAAAGUAGAAGAUUUGAACCAGAUCUAAACGAUUGAUCUUCUCCCCCCAGAGCCCUGGAGGUCAUGGCGGGCAGCCCAGAGAACAUCCCCCUGGGGGAGUGCUCCCUCUCCCAGUCCCAGGACCGGCUCACCCCGCCCAGCCACGCAGCCAGCACCGUCUUCUCUCUGUCCCGCAGCGAGUCGCUCUGGACCACGGAGCCGCCGCCCAAAAUAUGCGACGUCUUCUGGUUCCCCAUUCACUUCAUGUCCACCGGGGGCAGCUUCCUGGCCUGCGGCAUCAUCAUCAGCGGCCUGUGCUUCGCCGGCCAGUGCGGGCGGCCCACCGCCCUGCUGGGCCCGGCCCUGCUGUCCAUCGGGCUGAUGGUGCUGGUGGUGGGGGUGGUGCUCAUCCCCAUCACCAAGAAGAACAGGAAGCGCUCCCACAUGCGGAGGCCCCUCAGCUACUACAAGCCUCCGGUCGUCGACGUGUGACGUCAUCGGGGGUUUCAGCAUGGGAUGAAAUCCAGGAAAUAUUUAUGAAGCAGCAUGGAGCCAUUUCUGUUCACCGCCCGUCAGCGGACCGGCCGCUGCCCCGGCUGUGCAUGACGGCGGCUGGAGCAGCGGGGGGCCGGGUGGAGAGUUACACUGUAAAACAUUAACGGCAAUGUUAAGUUGACUUAGUCUGUCGUGUUACAUUUAUAAAUGUCAGAAUCCCAAAGUAAAUAUUUAGUUUACUAAAUAUGAAGCUAACAGAGAUUUAGUUCCAGACUAAAUGCUUAGUUUGUAAGCUAAAUAUUUAGCCACAAAUUAA